AUGUCGCAACGACAACUUGCACGAGACAUGCAGGUCGAGUUCCAGGCUCGGUUCAACGCCAAGCAGGCCCGGCGCGAGGCCCAAAAGGCUGCCAAACAGGACGGUGAGCUGCGAAAGCAAAUCCAGACCCUCCUGAAAAAGGGUGAGACCCAGCAGGCCGCGCAAAAGGCACGCAUGCUCUUAGCAAAGCAGGCCAUUGCCACCCAGAUGGACCAGGCUGCCGACAUGGCGGAGCUGUCUGUCGCCCAGAUCCAGGCCAACAACGCCAUGAACCGCAUGACCAACAUGAUGGCCCAGUCGUCGCGCACCAUGAGCCGCGCCCAGCGCAGUGUCAACCCCGAAAAGACCAUGGUGACCAUGGAACAGUACCGCACGCAGAACGAGGAAUACGCCAUGUCCAACACCAUCUACACAGACGCGAUGACCCAGAACACGUCUGUCCAGGUCUCGGACGACGCGGUGCACGAGCUUUUGGGGAAGCUGGCAGACGACGCCGGCGUUGAACUGUCCCAGGAACUCAAUUCGGCCCAAGUCAGCAAGACAGAGCCUGUUCGUGAGUCGGCCACCACGGAGCCUACAGCGGAGGAAGAGGACGCUCUUCAGCAGAGACUGCGGGCGCUUCGGGCAUGA